UUCGAGACAGCUGUUUUCCAUCUACACAUUUCUUUCACUUUCUGUCUUAUUUUUAUGUUAACUUCUACAUUUUUCACUCCUAAAAUCCUUGAAGCUCUCACCACUCAAGCUGUCUUGAAACGCUCCGUUUUCAUUGCUUUUUAUCAGUUUUCGUGUCAAGAAAACACUUGGGCCUAGAUCAACUUGUGCGAGCAGAUCCAUGGCCUUUGAGCAAUAUUUUGCCCGUGAAUGUAAGUCCAUUACAGGUGCAGCAACUGGUUCAGACAAUCGUAACGGUUGCUUUGACUGCAAUAUCUGCCUUGACCUUGCAUUUGAGCCAGUGGUUACCUUAUGUGGCCAUCUCUACUGCUGGCCCUGCAUCUACAAGUGGCUUCAUGUUCAGAGUGCGUCCCUUUCUUCCGAUGAACACCCACAAUGCCCAGUAUGCAAGGCUGACAUAUCACAUACGCAAAUGGUUCCCCUCUAUGGUAGGGGUCAAACUCCAACUGAGUCUGAGGUUCCAGGCAAGAUGCCCAUUCGCAGCAUGGCUAUUCCCCCUAGACCACCAGCUUCUGGCAAUCAAGCUUUUCAAUCUCCUUCAUCAAAUUCUGUUCAACAGCUUCCAUAUCGUAAUCCUUACCAAAACCAACACUAUAAUCCUUAUCCUCAUGGCAAUUUAGAAGAGGAUUCCCCAUCACUCAUCAAUCUUGAAGGCCCCACAAUGACUGGAUUUCAUCAUCCGGUAGUCGGUAUGUUUGGAGAAAUGGUUUAUGCAAGAGUCUUCGGAAAUUCAGAAAGCUUAUACACUUAUCCCGACUCCAAUCACCUAGUGGGUAGCAGUAACCCCAGGCUGAGAAGGCAAGAGAUGCAGGUGGAAAAGUCACUAAACAGAAUUUCAAUCUUCCUUUUCUGCUGCUUUCUUCUGUGCCUUGUUGUAUUUUGAAGAUAGGUAAAAUUUCCCAUUUCCUUUUUUGUACACUCUGUAUGUAAGCUUAUUAAAAUAGUAGAUUAGAUACAUUACAUAUAAAUAUAUGAGUUGAUAAUAGAGAAAUUUACCGAAAA